AGCGCUAGUCACGUGGUUCCGGGCCGCAAGCGACGCGCGCCGGUGCGACGUCAACGCAGCCGGGCGAGUUUUACCGAUCUGUGUUCCGCGGCCCGGCCGCGGCUGAGUCUUCCCAGGGUCAGGGUCGGGCGCUUUGCUGAGUCCCUUUGUGGCCGCCAUGGACAAUUCCGGGAAGGAAGCGGAGGCGAUGGCGCUGUUGGCCGAGGCGGAGCGCAAAGUGAAGAACUCGCAGUCCUUCUUCUCUGGCCUCUUUGGAGGCUCAUCCAAAAUAGAGGAAGCAUGCGAAAUCUACGCCAGAGCAGCAAACAUGUUCAAAAUGGCCAAAAACUGGAGUGCUGCUGGAAACGCGUUCUGCCAGGCUGCACAGCUGCACCUGCAGCUCCAGAGCAAGCACGACGCAGCCACCUGCUUUGUGGACGCUGGCAACGCAUUCAAGAAAGCCGACCCCCAAGAGGCCAUUAACUGUUUGAUGCGAGCAAUCGAGAUCUACACAGACAUGGGCCGAUUCACGAUUGCGGCCAAGCACCACAUCUCCAUUGCUGAGAUCUAUGAGACGGAGUUGGUGGACAUCGAGAAGGCCAUUGCCCACUACGAGCAGUCCGCAGACUACUACAAAGGCGAGGAGUCCAACAGCUCAGCCAACAAGUGUCUGCUGAAGGUGGCUGGUUACGCCGCGCUGCUGGAGCAGUAUCAGAAGGCCAUUGACAUCUACGAACAGGUGGGGACCAAUGCCAUGGACAGCCCCCUCCUCAAGUACAGCGCCAAAGACUACUUCUUCAAGGCGGCCCUCUGCCACUUCUGCAUCGACAUGCUCAACGCCAAGCUGGCUGUCCAAAAGUAUGAGGAGCUGUUCCCAGCUUUCUCUGAUUCCCGGGAAUGCAAGUUGAUGAAAAAAUUGCUAGAGGCCCACGAGGAGCAGAAUGUGGACAGCUACACCGAGUCGAUGGUGGCACUGAGGUUGGGGAGGUCAGGAAGCUCGGCCUUGGCCCUUCAGGGACAGAGCUGGUGUUCAGAGCCACAUCUGUCUACCUCUGAAGACCAGGGUUCCUUGAGUCCCCCAGGUGAAGGAAUACGACUCCAUCUCCCGGCUGGACCAGUGGCUCACCACCAUGCUGCUGCGCAUCAAGAAGACCAUCCAGGGCGAUGAGGAGGACCUGCGCUAAGCCCCACCCAGCCCCCCAGUGCCCGUCUUCCUGUCCCAUCUGCUCAGAGAGAGGUGGGGCCGAGACUUGCUGGAGAGCUUCCCUCCUUUCCCACCUGGGGAGUCCCGCGGGCCACAGUGGGCAGGUGGAACCGGGGGUCAGCAUGCAGGGGCACCAGAGGCCCAGGCUGCUGGCCGGACAGUCACCCUCUGUUCUCGCUACAUCCCUUGCCCCCUGUCCAUUUAUUUAAGCCCCCAUAGGUGCCCUUCACCCCCAAAACCAGCUGUACAGAAUCUUUGAUACAGACCUAUUUGCUAGGGGUGCUGCCGGGGGUUUGGGGUCAGCAUCUGGCCCCCUAUCUCCUGACCAGCUGAGUCAUGAGGCCGGUUUCUCUCUCUCCCACUUUUGUCCCCCAGCCAAGCUCUAAAGCACAUGUAGCCGCUGAGACCUGCUGUCUCUGCUGGGGGCAGGCUCCUCUUCCCCCAGCCCCGGGAGCCUCCCCCAGCUUCCUGCAGCCCCGACCUCUCAGGUUAGACCCUGGGCCCUGGAGCUUAGGGGAUUCUCCCCCACCCCAGCCCCACACCUGCUCCUUCCCUAAUGCUUUGAGGUUUUCUUGGUUGGAAGCUGCAGCUGGCCCAAGAAAGAAAAUAAAAAACAACACUUUUGCAUGA